AAUAAAUUCAGUUGCAAAUUAUUAGCCAGGCCAUUUCGUUUCAAAACGAUAGAAAAAUUGUAACACAUUCUACACGUUCGACACAGAGAACAGGAUGGCAGUCAAAUCAAAUAUUUCAAUAUUGCUGGUUUGCUUCUUCAUCACUCAAAUAUGCGUUGGAGCCGUGGAACCGGAGUGUGACGGCGUAAAUAAUCGGAUUCCCAGUCCGGAAGGCCGUUGUGAUAUAUUCUAUGAAUGCAUAGAAGACGAAGGUUUAAUAGUGCCUAGUCAAGUUUCAUGUGAUACCAUAUGUUCUGGAUGUCACUUCAGCACUGAGGCGUUGGAUUGCGUUCACCCAGAUGAGGCUCUGUGCUUGCCCGAAUUGAGAAAAUUAACCUGUACAAACGUUACCGAUAUUAUCGCUCACCCAACCAACUGUGCUAGAUUUUUUACUUGCGAUUCUCUGAGACCGACUGUAGCUGAUUGCUCAUUGUCGAUUUAG